GUAGUCUCCCUGACCCUGUCUUAGGAGCCGGCGCGAGGAAAAGGAGAGUGCCCUUUUUUUUUUUUCCGCCACGUGCGAAGCCGCUCGUGGCUAUGGCUACCCUCCUGGUUGAGGACUUGCUGGCGCGCGCCGAAGAGCGCGAGGCGGAGACCCACCGCAGCGUGGCGGUGCACAAGGAGCUGGAGUUGGAGUUCGACGUCGGCAACUUACUGGCGGUGGAUAAAAACCCGGCUCCGCGCGCCCUUGCGCGAGUCUCCUCGGAGCGCGAGCCCCUCCUGCGCGCUUUGGCCCGGGAUAACACUCAGUUGCUGGUGGGCCAGCUGUGGGCGCUGCCGUCGGAGCGGGCGGAAGGGGGCGCGGGGCCCGUGGUGGGCCGCCUGCCCGAACCCUCCACGCGGUUGCCCAGGGAAAAGCCGCUGCCCAAACCUCGGCCGCCCACCAAGUGGGAGCAAUUCGCGCGCCUCAAAGGCAUCCGCCCGACGCGGAAGAAGCGCGGCACGUUGGUCUGGGACGAAGCCGCCAAAGAGUGGCGGCGGCGCUGGGGUUACCAACGAGCCGGCGGGGAUCCCUCCCGCGAAUGGCUCUUGGAAGUGCCGGACUCGGCCGACCCGAUGGAGGACCAGUUCGCCAAGCGGCGCCAGGAGAAGCGGGAGCGGGUGGCGCGCAACGAGCUCAACCGCCUGAGGAACCUGGCGCGCGCUCACCGGGGCCGGGCGGCGGCCGACCUGCACCCGACGGGCCACCAAGACCGGGCCGAGAUGGGCCGCGUCUCCGUCGUUGCUCGCGUCUCCACCGCCUCCCGCGGCCGCUUCCAGCCUCGCCUUGCCAAGGAGCCCGCCGUCGCGCAGACCAACACAGCCCGCGGAAAGAAGCGUCGCUUCCAGCCGCUGCUGGGAGACCUUGAAGGAGAGAAGAAGCGGCACCUGGAGUUAGCCCGCAGCCUGAGUAGCAAGAAGCCGCCCCUGGACCUGACCCGAGCGGUCAACAAGCAGCUCCGCGAAGAGGAGGCCGAAGCUGCCAGAGGCAAAGGCAAAAAGCGCGACCAGCGGGGCAAGAGGGGUCGACGGCAGCAGCAGAGGUCCGGAAACGCCAGGGGCAAGAAAAGCACAGGAGCAGGUCGCAGAGGGAAUCAGGGGGGAUCUGGAAGCUUCAACAGCAAAAGGAAAAGAAAAUGAGCUUUGGUUGCUAUUUAUCCCAGCUAAAUAGCAGACAAGUGGUUUAUUUUACACAAUGCUGCAACAAAAUGUGGACUUGCUAAGUUAAACAUUAUUCUAACUUAACCUAUUGUGACUUAACGUUGGCCUUUAACCCCCAAAGAACUUUGUGGGGCCUGACUAAAGAGUGUAUAAAGACAUUGGCAAUAAAUAAAAAUGAUUUAUAAAGAAAGGUUUAUAAAAAAAGAUUUUAUACAACUAAGUUGAAGAAACAUCACCUUAGAUGUACACUUCAGACAACGACUUUACUGGGGAUUGGAGUGACUUCAAAGAAUAAGACUUGAGGACUUGAAAUAUAUAGAAUAUAUAAAAAUAUAUAGAAGGACCUGCUUUGUUUAUAAUAAAGUUCUAAUAAGCCUUUUAAAUGAGAAUUGAAAUGGACAUCUCUCAGGAGGUGAGCUGCAGUGUUAAUUUUUUCUGUAUUUCUUUUGCAUGAAUCUGAAUUACAGUAUCUCAAUUGUCAGCCAGGUUGAAAGCAAAUCACUAGAAGAAUAUUGUGUUUAUAUCAUGGUAACUGAUUUUCUUUUACCCUGUUUCCCCCAAAAUAAGACAUUCCCUGAUAAUAAACACAAUCAGGCUGAUAUA